AUGGAUCCACGUUUCGGUGAAUCGAACAAGCAGCCCGUAGCAGAUCGGAGCUGCAAUCCCCCUAUGGCAAACACUAAGCUGGACAGCGAACUUUUCAACCACAUGACCGAGCACCAGGCCAGUUUUCGGGAGUAUCCGUGCGCCGACCGGACGCAGCCCGUAGUGCAGUGCGUUCACGAGAUCGUGGGUAACUGUCAGGCACUCAUGUCGAAUGUGACGUCUCAACGUCAUGACUACAGGGCCAAGUAUCUAAUUAGGUUAAAGCGGGCCACCGGCCCUAAGGAUACGAUAGGCGCCAUUCUGUCACAGGACCCAACAUUUAUGAUGGACAAAGGUACGGAGACCUGUUCAAGUCACCAGCAGUGGGAACCACAGUUCCGUGACCCGUUGACAGAGGAACAACCCCCGACCAACGAAAAGAGAAACGAUGACAAGUCCGCUGGGUUGGAGGCUGGCCCAUUGCAAGAUAACAGCGAAUGGCAAUAUUGCAAUUUGUGGAGAUUACAGCAUGGCUUCUGGUAG